CGCUGCCGGGGCCCGGAGCGGCGAGAGGGCUGCAGCCAUGAGCCGCCUGGGGAAGAAGGAGGAGGAGACCCUCAUAGAGAUGGCCUCGGCCACGGACAACAAUAUGGUGAUUCUUAUCAACUUCAAGCCAUCGAGGUCAGCAGGAGAAGAUAGCAAUGGACCUUUAUAUGAAAGCAGUUCAAACACAGAAUCAGAACUUCCAGGCAACUCAGAGGGGCUAAGCAGCACUGAGACUACUUUACUGAUUCCUGAUCAUCAAGUGCAGACUGGAAGGAGAUACAAUCUGUUCCUGAAGCGACGUCUCAGGAUUGACAAACGGCACCAAAGCAAGGAUUCUGUUUUCUUCAGGGAUGGGGUCCGGCGAAUUGAUUUUGUACUUUCUUAUGUGGAUGACCCAAAUAAAGACGAGGAAAAGAAAGCGGAUAGAAGGAGAGAAUUUGAGAGUAAUCUGCAAAAAUCUGGUCUGGAAUUAGAAACAGAAGACAAAAAGGAAUCUGAAAAUGGCAAAACUUACUACGUGAAGAUCCAUGCCCCAUGGGAGGUUCUGAUUACAUAUGCUGAAGUGCUGAACAUCAAAGUCCCCAUCAAGGAAAAUGAUGUUCCCUGUACUAUAGAAAAUCCCAUCGAUUGUAUGCUUUCACCAUUUAGGCUUCCAGAGAAAGUGAUGCAUCCUGACCCAGAUUACUUCACAGCACCAUUCAGGAAAGAUAGACAGGAACUCUACCUCAUUCAUGAUGAAAGCACCUUCUUCUCACCAUCAGUGAGAAACAGAAUAGUUUUCUAUAUUCUAACACGAUGCCCAUAUGGAACAGAAGAAGGAAAGAAAAAGUUUGGGAUUAAAAGACUAUUAAGUAAUGGCACCUACACAGCUGCUUACCCUCUUCAUGAUUGCCAGUACUGGAAGAAGUCAAAUGAUCCACACUGUGAUAAUGAGAGAUACACGCUGUACAUGGAGUGGGCCAGGUUUUUACGGUUUUUCAAGGAACAGCCUUUGGAUCUCAUCAGGAAAUACUAUGGAGAGAAGAUUGGAAUCUAUUUUGCCUGGCUGGGUUUUUACACUGAGAUGUUGUUCUUAGCAGCAGUAGUUGGCUUAUUCUGUUUUCUGUAUGGUUUGUUUACAAUGGAUGCAAAUAUGAGCAGCAAAGAAAUCUGUGACCCUGCAAUUGGAGGAGAAAUCAUUAUGUGCCCUCUUUGUGAUGUGGAUUGUAACUACUGGAGAUUAAAUACCACGUGUAGGCCAUCAGAGUAUUCCCAUUUGUUUGAUAAUGUGGCAACUCUGUUUUUUGCGAUUUUCAUGGGCAUAUGGGUCACACUUUUCUUGGAGUUUUGGAAACGCCGACAAGCCAGACUCAAAUAUGAAUGGGACUUGGUUGACUUUGAAGAGGAACAGCAACAGCUCCAGCUGAGGCCAGAAUAUGAGGCAAAAUGUACCCAAAAGAAAAAGAAUCCAGUGACUCAGGAGAUGGAGCCUUAUUUGCCUCUAACUAGCAAGGCUGUACGGUUCUGCAUCUCAGGAACUACAGUGUUGUUCUGGACAUCUCUGAUCAUAGCUAGCAUGAUAGCUGUGAUUCUGUACCGUCUGUCAGUUUAUGCUGCCUUUGCUAGCAUCAUGAAAAACACACAAACUCUGCAACCCAUCAGUGGAUUACUGACACCUCAGUUGGCAACUUCAGUCACUGCCUCAUGUCUCAACUUUGUUAUCAUCAUGAUACUGAAUUUCUUGUAUGAGAGAAUAGCCGUCUGGAUCACUGAUAUGGAGAUCCCAAGGACUCACCUGGAGUAUGAGAACAGACUCACUAUGAAGAUGUUCCUGUUCCAGUUUGUCAACUAUUACUCAUCCUGCUUCUAUGUGGCCUUCUUCAAAGGAAAGUUUGUUGGAUAUCCUGGAAACUAUACAUACAUGUUUAGCCACUGGAGAAAUGAAGAGUGUGAUCCUGCAGGCUGUUUGAUAGAACUGACGACACAGCUCACCAUAGUCAUGGCUGGCAAACAGAUUUGGGGAAACAUACAAGAGGCCAUUGUACCCUGGAUUUGGAAUUGGUGGGGGCGCCAGAGAGCUAGAUGUAAUCCAGAAAAUUUAUAUAGUCGCUGGGAGCAGGACCAUGAUCUUCAGCGUUUUGGACACUUGGGACUAUUCUAUGAAUAUCUAGAAAUGGUCAUUCAGUUUGGAUUUAUUACACUCUUUGUGGCCUCCUUCCCUCUGGCUCCCCUUCUUGCUCUGAUGAAUAAUAUAUUGGAGAUUCGAGUGGAUUCCUGGAAGCUGACCACUCAGUUCCGGAGGCCUGUUGCUUCCAAAGCCCACAGUAUAGGAGUUUGGCAAGAAAUUCUGAAUGGGAUGGCGGUGUUGUCUGUUGUUACUAAUGCUUUCAUUGUAGCCUUCACAUCAGAUAUGAUCCCUCGUUUAGUAUACUACUAUGCCUACUCUCCAAAUGCAAACUCGCCUAUGUCUGGAUACAUUAAUAACAGUCUGUCUGUAUUCAGAGUCUCAAGUUUUUCUGUAAAACCUAAAGAUCAAGGGGACAUUGAUUUUUGCAGGUACAGAGACUAUCGAUAUCCACCAGACCAUGAGCUGCAAUAUUCACAUACAAUGCAGUUUUGGCACAUUCUUGCUGCCAAAAUGGCCUUUAUCAUUAUUAUGGAGCAUGUUGUGUUCAUCGUCAAAUUCUUCGUCGCCUGGAUGAUUCCCGAUGUCCCAGCAGAUGUGACAGCCCGAAUAAAACGUGAAAAGUUCAUAACACAAAAAAUCCUACAUGAGUAUGAACUCAAUAAGCUAAAGGAGAAGCUGUGCCAAGGGAAGGCGUAUCAAGGCAUGGAAAAGGAAUUCAUUGCCACAGAAGGGAAAGUCGAGUUAUCUCAGGCAAUGUAGCUGCCUGGAGGAGCUGCCUGUUGGAUUUUAACCCUUGAAACACUGGGCCUUAUUUAUCUGUGAUCUGCUCAGUAUGCAGCAUGUUGAAAGCCAUACACUAGUUUUAACCCUUUGCUUUCAGUCCAAAGAUUUUAAAGGCAUAGCUUACUGAGCAUCAUAGGCUUGGUAAGUGCUGUUUCUUGAUGCCUGUGUCAUGAUUCUUAGAGGCCACAGCUUUCUAUCUACUUGUAGUGCUGAAUAUUGGUUAAAUCACAUAUCAAGAAAAUCCUAUAACAUAGACCUCCAGUCCAGGGAAUGUUGCCACCCUCUAGAGGUCUUAGAUACCAGAGGGUCAUGGCUGCCUUGCCUUCCUUAUAUUGGAAGAGGCUCCAGCUGGAUCCCAAGUAAAUGGAAGGCAUUAUAGUGGGAGGGGGUUUUUGUGAAAAAUACUGCAAAUUGUACCAUAGCAUUGCAAGUUAAUUAGUUAACAUAUGUGGUAUGUGGUAGGAUGAGUGUUUUUUGGAUCUGCUAUGUGAACAAUACCUUACAAAGUAUUUGUUCACAAGUUUGCAACUUUUAUGCAUUUUGAGGGGAACAUAUUUUUACAAACAUAUUUAACCUAAUUCUGCUUGGGAUUAUUUUAAGACCCAGAACUCAAAUAACACCAGCUAGUGAAGAAAAAUAAAGCACUUUAAUUUAUUGUCAUAAAUAGUUCUCUGCAACUGAAGAGUUCCUCACAAUGCUUACAAUGCAAAUUUGUGGAGUAAGCUUCUUUUAUAGUCUAACAACAAGUUGUUUUAAUUAAAAAAAAACCCUAAGCUGUUAAAUCUCAACUUUGCAUUAUAUCAUUAGAAAAAAAGUACAUACUUACUGCAGGGCUGGCCCUUCAAUUAGUUUCUGACUCUGCACAUAUCUGAGAGAGUGACAGCAAAGGGCUAAAAUGGUUUGAAACUUCCUAGUUAGGGUUUCUGUACUGGACGCAACCAUCAGACUGUGACUUUUGAAUAGAACCCAAAACUGAGAAGCAGGGCUGUCAUACUGAUUGAUUCACGUAUGCCUUUGUGUUUGUAGGUGAAUGUGAUUGUACAGAGGUAGGGUAAGUAUUCUUGAUAUUUAAAGAAUGCCAAGUAAUGUACAUUGAUGUCUCUUGUCAUUUUACUAGGAACCUUGGACUUUUUUGUUGUUUUUAUUGUUAUUAGUUUGUUUUUAAUAUGCCAAGCAGAAAUCUUUUCUGUUCUGUCAUGGGGCAAUUCCAUAUAAUAUACCCUUUGUCAGUUACUUGUGCAAGUUACCUGCAAGCUAGUUAUGAGCACUGCCCAUGGUAUAUAUCGUUUAGAGCAAUUACAAGUAUUUUUAUGUUUUUACUGCAAUUUUAUACACAUAUCAACCCUCCAGUGCUUAGUGCCUUGUUUAUAUGCAUUUGACACAAGAUGUGAAAAUGAUAGCCAUGUGACUAGGUGUUAGAACAUAUUUUUAAAGUGAACUUGCAGGCAUUGAGUAAUGAACCUACACACAAAAAUGGACAGGGUGGCUGAUCAGUGGCCAUCUCUGUGAGCUUCAGUUUGUCAGCACUAUGCAAACAAGCAGAAAGGAAUGCAGAGUAAUGGCGAGGUGAAGGAGAAAUGGACUUGAUGACUUCUCACACAUGGAACCAUGCUAGAUAAAUAUUUGAGAUUUUAAUAUAUUUGCACUUAUAAAGCUAUACUUCCGUGCAAGUAUUGAAACAAGAAAGGAAAAAAAAAGAAAAGAACAGCUACACUACAAUUAACUGAACAUAUCAUUCAGCUUCUGUCCCAGGUUUGGAAUCAGGAUCUGGACUUCAAGGCUCUCAGACAUUCUUGGGCUAUGUCUGCAUAUCAGCCAAAGAACUCAUUGUUCACUAAAUCCACAAGUUUUGCUUUCCAUUUUUCAUAUGAGAAAAGAAAAUGUGUGAAUUAGGAAAAUAAGAAAUACCUGGCUCAACAUUUACCAAUGGAAAUUUCUAGUGAUAAAAUGUCUACCUCUGAUGAGCAUCAUUUGAUUCUGCUACCAGCCAGGAAGGUUAAGCCAAUGUACAUCUCUCUCAGUAAGCAAGCAAUGCUUGUUUUAAGGAGGAGAGUGGCAGCUAUACUAUAGUUGACUGAAUACAAUACUUGGCUUCCUUCCCAGGCUUGGACUUCAGGGCCCUGCCUUCUUAGGCUGUGUACAGAUGUUCAGUUUCUAUUAGGAGAAUUUCCAUUCUCCUAAUAGAAAACUGACAUGUGUAGAUGUUUAAACCUCUUCUCCCAGAGCAAAUAUGGCCAUACCAGGAGACUGAAUGUCUGCACACUUUUCCCACAGCUUAACUUCUUUAGGGGACCAGAAGGAAUAGAGCUAGAGGAAAGGCUCCUGUGCCUUCCCAAGACUGGGGUCACUAGUCUGGAAAAGGUAUGGGACCAGAGAUAACCUUAAAGGUGAACUUGAGUGGUGCCCCCUACCCCUCCACACAGCAGCAAGUGGGCAGGGGUGCAGGGCAGAGGCUGGUGGGGAGGUGGAGCCAUCCCUUCACUGCCCAGUCUGGCUCCCACUGAGCAGUGGCUGGAGGUGGGGGUUAGGCUGGGCAAUACAGGUGGCUGUGGGAGCCAAACUGCGCCUGCCUACCUGCCUCUGCCUGCAGCAGUGCCGCUGACUUGGAGUGUGGGUGCUGGUGUGUGUGUGUGGUGCCCCCCUGUGCACAGUGCCCUGGGCAGUUGCCCACCCUAAAGGCUGGUUCUGCAUGGGAGAUAGCUGCUUCCUCCUGUCCUAUAGACUGGGAGGAGAAGGAAGAGCAGCCACCAGCUGCUCCCCACCUACUUGUUACACCCAAGUUCCUCGUGUGAGAAGCAGGCAGGGGCUUUCCCACAUCGCUCCCUCUGCUUGCUGCCGAGUACCAGGAGCCAAGUGCAGGGAGUGCUACCCCUUGCCUGCUUCCCUCUGCCCCUCUCUGUAGGGGCAGCAAUUGAAAAGCCAGAGUGCCGGCAGCCAAGAUUGCAAGGCUGCCUCUCAGCCGUGACGGCUUCCUCUUGCCCCCACUUAUUGCUCAGGUGAGCAGUGGGAGUAGCAAUUUAAAAGCUAGAGGUGCUGGGAGUUUGGACUGGGCAAAGCAUCUGCACAUCUGCCUCCUGGCCACAACAACUUUUCAGUUGCCACCCCUACUGCACAGCUGACCCAGAGCAGUAUGAAGCAAGGCAGGCUGCCAUGUCACUGCACCAAGGCUCCUGGUGCCUUCUUAUGGUUAACUGAGUAACACCCCCCUGCCUCCCUGUACUCCUCCAGGUCAGCCUGAAGCAGCACAAAUUACAGGGGCUAUUCUUCUUUAGGGGAGAACCAAAAGAGGUCCCACCACAGGAGAGCGGUGGGAUGCAUGGGCAUUUUCCCAGGAUGGGAAACAGCCCAGCUGUUUGUGGAAGCUACUCCUUUUCAGCAGCUUCCAACUGGCACUUGACAGCCUGCCCCUUCCCCUUCCCUCUAAGUGCCCCCUGGCUGGACAGCUUGCCUGUGAAACUCUUCAGCCAUGUCUGUACUUCUUUGGCUUCUGGGCUAUUUUUCUACAAGAGGAAAUUUCUUCUGGUAGAAUGAACAUCUGUACACAGCCGUAGUUAUAUAACAUUGGCAUCCAUAUUUGUCAUUAGCUGAAAUCUCUCUGUAACAUUCACAUCAUUUUGAAAUAUAGGCCUGACUUAUUAUAGGUGUUCAUGGCUAAGAUUACUUUGCUGCUUACAUAGUGUACAGUGCAAUAAACCAGAUAUAUUACAAUCACUGUAAAUUCACACAGUACCAAAACACAAAUGAUACAAGCACUGUGCUGUUUUUCACAAAUAUGCUAUAAAUCAAAUGCACAGUUUUCAUAUUUGUUUUCAUAUUUAAAUUAUUUUCAUAUUUCUGUUACUAAAUAUUAGCCAGUGGCAAAGAAUGAAGUAGUAAGGCAAAAGAAACAGAGAAAUGUUAUCAUGGUACAGGAUGCACAAAAGGUGCCCUUAAUGUGAAAAGCCAAAUUUGAGACUGUAGCCUCAGAUGUUGUGUACUUGAAGAUUAAAAAGAAUGUCAUUUUUUUUCCAGGUCUGACAGUACGUCUUAGUUUUUCACACUUGAAGAAGAUCUGAAUGGUGUAGUUACACUGACAAUGGAUAAUGCUAUUUUAAUACGCAGGAGGGUAAAGAGAGAAGUAACUUAAAGGUUAGGGUGGAAUACUAGCAAGUCUCUGGAAUUUUAAAUAAUGGAAAAAUGAAUUUGUUUUAGCAGCUGGCCCCAAUUCUUAACUUCUCUCCAUUUGUCUAAGCACCCUCAAUGUGUGACUUGAUAUUAUAGCAUGUAUAUUUAUAUACAUGCCAUAUAGCACACAUUAAAAAAAGAAACUGUGGUGCUCAACAUAUUUAAAUAUAUGCAUACUUGUAUUUUUUUAGCAUCACUAAACAACUGUUUUGCAAAACAAUGGCAAAUUGUCAUGCUAUUACCACUUAAAGUCAAAUAAAAGAAAAGGUCCAUCUAAUGAAACUAUUUGCCUUUCCCUUUUUUUAGUGGCUAAGCACUAUUUUCACAAACAAAUCUUUAUUAGUAAGAGUACAGUUGUACAGGUUCAUAUUAUUUAUACAUUUUCUGAAAAGUAUGGCAAAAUAAAAGCCAAAACAAGAUUUUUCAGGUAUUAAGUUAUCUGAAUAUUUGGUUUUGGUCAAAAAUUAAAUACUGAGCAUACAAAAUAUACUAUAAAUGUAUAAAAGUAUGCAUUUUUUUAAAGUGUCCUUUAACCAAAGUGAAACUUGUUUGCUGAUG